UGUCAUUAUCACCGAGAAGAAGCGGUCCCGGAAAGAAAUAUGGCUAAGUACAGCGAGAUGCAGACACUCGACUUUCUUCGAACAGCAGAGCUAUUAAAGCAAGGCGCAGAAGCGCUAGUAUACCGUAGUGUGUUUCUCGGGAAGCCGACUGUUGUGAAAGAAAGGUUCCCGAAACGUUACAGACACCCAGUGUUGGACGAAAAACUGACACACCGUCGGACUAUGCAAGAGGUUCGCUCUAUUCUUCGUUGCCGGAAAGCAGGCAUAUCAGCCCCUGUAGUCUUCUUUGUGGACUACACCUCCCACUGCAUUUUCUUGGAGGAAAUCACGGAUUCCUCGACACUGCGUGACCACAUUACUUCUGCGAAGCUUUCUGGUUCCUCCUGUCCUGAUGUGGAGCUGGAGCAUCUGGUUAAUAAGAUUGGUCACAUGCUGGCCAAAAUGCAUGACGAGGAUGUCAUCCACGGUGACUUGACCACCUCCAACAUGUUACUGAGGCGGCCACCAAGGGAUGGCGAGACUGACCCCGUCCUCAUCGACUUUGGUUUGAGUUACAUAUCAACUCUGCCAGAGGAUAAGGCGGUAGAUUUGUACGUGUUGGAAAAAGCUUUCCUCAGUACUCAUCCCAGCACAGAUGCAUUGUUUGAGACGUUACUAAAGAGCUACACAGCCUCAUCCCAAAAAUCAGAAGCAGUCAUAAAAAAGCUUGAUGAAGUGCGUUUGAGAGGGAGAAAGCGGUCUAUGGUGGGUUGAAAGAGUUCUCCAAUGUAACUCAGCAAAAAUAUUUUGCUUCAUCAUUUUAUGAGUGGUGAUUAUCAAACAUAGUAAAUUCUUAACUGAAUUAAUUAGGUGAAAUUCUGACAAGAAUUCAGUUGAUUGUUAGGAUUCGAUUCAGUCGCCAGAUUGCAUGAUACUGCUAAUGCAAGCUGGUCUCAAAACAGAUAAGAACAUUGAAUAAUUGCAUUAAUACAUAAUAUUAAAAAUCAAACAAAUACAAUUAUGGCAAAAUUAAUCAAUUUAUCCUUCAAGAAGAUUUCAAUGUCAAACCAGAUGCUGUUACGUUUUUUUCCCUCCCAGUUUAAUGCCUAUUAGCUUAACUAUCGUUGAAAGAAAAAAAAUGUACCAUUAAAAAUAUUUGGACACUUGAGCGGCUUUUUGAUUUGAUGUGUGCCAAGUUUGCUGUGAGGGUAUUGAAAUUGCAUUCACCCUAAUACCUGCUGUAUUGAGACUUGCGAUAUACCAAGUCCUUUGAGUGGAAAAUGUCCAUAUGCUAUCAUACCACCACUGACCAGUCAUAUUUAAGCAGAUUUUGGGGUUGUUUGCAUGGAUAAACAAAUGGCAUGCAUAUUUUUGUGACCAAGUUCAUUGUUGUAUUCUUACCUGUAUAUGUUUAACCCGGAGGCUAUUAACAUGUUUCAUCAACAUUUGUGCUUUCUGAGGUGCUGCGAGUGGCCAUGUGAAAUCAAAGCGAUGUGGAGUACCUGAAUCUGGAACCCCCCC